CAGCUAGAGACCUAGAUCUAAAUCUAGAUCUAGACUAGAUAGUCUCAUCUCAUGACUCAUACUCUUUCAAUCUCUCUUUCUUUUGUCUCAGAUCUAGUUUAGGCCCUGGCCUACUUGUACUUAUAAACAAAUAAGUUAAAAUCAAUUGUUCAUUGAACGAAAGCAUAGUAAAAUAUGAGCAAAUCAUCCUCUGACAAAAAUACUAAGGAACAGGAUGGAGAAAAACAAGCCAACAGCCUUGGUGAUCAACUAGCACAUUCACUGAAUAUAAGAGAUGGGUCUGGCAUAGUUUCUUUUGAGGGAAUAGCACAGUACUUAGUCAGUGAUAAUUGCAAGAAUGUUAUCACUAUGGCAGGGGCUGGCAUCUCUACAUCUGCUGGCAUCCCAGAUUUCCGUAGCCCAGGUACUGGUCUAUAUGAGAACUUGGCGGCGUAUGAUCUACCCCAUCCACAGGCUAUAUUUGAUAUUAGUUUCUUUCAUAAAAAUCCCAAACCUUUCUUUGUCUUGGCUAAAGAACUUUAUCCAGGUUCUUUUAAGCCAACUCCAUGUCAUUAUUUUAUCAAAUUGCUGAAUGAUAAAGGAAAGCUGUUGAGGCACUACACUCAGAAUAUUGAUACUUUGGAAAGAGUUGCUGGUCUUGACCCUGAUAAACUGGUUGAGGCCCAUGGCACUUUUUACACUUCCCACUGUCUUGAGUGUAACAAGGAAUAUAAGUUGGAUUGGAUGAAAGAUGAAAUUUUUGCUGACAGAGUACCAAAGUGCACAGAGGCUAAAUGUGAAGGAGUUGUAAAACCAGAUAUUGUAUUUUUUGGUGAGUCUUUGCCUCCUCGAUUCGGACAACUUAUCCAGUCUGAUUUUAAAAAAUGUGAUCUGUUGAUUGUGAUGGGGACAUCACUCACUGUACAGCCAUUUGCUUCCCUUGUCCACAGAGUUCCUGAUCAAACACCCAGGCUCUACAUCAACCUGGAAAAUGGAAUGAGUUCUAGUGAUCCUAUUGCUGUAUUGCUGUUUGGAGGAGGAUUUAAUUUUGAUGGUGAAGACAACUACAGGGAUGUUUUUAAGAAGGCAACAUGUGAUGAGGGCUGCCAGGAGUUGGCUGAUUUGUUGGGCUGGGGGGAAGAGCUAAAGCUGCUUGUGAAGACUGAACAUGAGAAGAUUGAGCUUCAGGAGGCUUCAGGGUCCAAACCUUCCAAUGACAAAACUAAGAAAGAUAAUGAAGUUGAGAAAAAAGGAAAGAAAGGAAAAAUGUAAUGUUACAGUUAUGAUUUCACCUUGUCUUUCACCAUGCUUGAGAUAACUUUUAAAUUAAAGUAGUUGAACUACUUCAGUCAGAACAUUAUCUUAGUUAACACUUUGUACAGCAUGUAAAUGCUACUUACACUUUAGAUUCAUUUAUUUUAAAGAAAAUGUGAUAUUGUUGUCAUAGCUAAUGUCAAUGUAUCCACUGUUAUAAAACAAAACAAAACUUUAAAUGUCAUGUCCUAUCCUAUCUCUGUUAUAAAACAAAUUUUUUUUUAAAAUGUCAUGCCCUAGCCUAUCUCUGUUAUAAAACAAAUUUUUUUUUUAAAUGUCAUGUCCUAGCCUAUCUCUGUUAUAAAACAAACAAAAAACUUUAAAUGUCAUGUCCUAUUGUAUCACUUGAAAUGUCAUCCUAGUGUGGCAUAUUUCCACUAUUAUAAAACAAAAAAAGUAAAUGUCAUGUCCUGUGUAUCACCUGAAAUGUCCUAGGGUGGUGUAUUCCCCCAGUGUUCUCUCAGAUCACCAUGUUUACUUGUCCUUCUGUUGUUUACAUUGUAUUUAUUAUUCAAGCUCUGUGAUUUGGGUUUUAUUACAUGACCUUUGAUGACCUUUGAUAUUUUUGUUAUAGAAAGAAAGGUUUUUUUUUACAAAUGUAGAGAUAUUUUAUUGACUUUAUCACUGAUGUAUUUGUUAGAUACAAAUUACUUAUAUAUUUGUUAGAUACAAAUUACUUAUAUAUUUGUUAGAUACAAAUUACUUAUAUAUUUGUUAGAUAUAAAUUACUAAUGUAUUUGUUAGAUAUAAAUUGGGAAUUAUUUGAUGGAAGUAAGUUAAUGGAAUACAGCAUUUGACUUGUAGGCACAAGAAAGAGCAAAUAAUUAUUGUGUGUAAUAAAUAAUUGUUGUAGGCCCACACAUAAUGUGAAUAAAAAAAGUUCAGCAAAUUCUU